CUCCACGAAGGGCUCGUUGCAGGAUGACGAGCAGCCACCCAGUCCCGGCCAAGCUGGCCAUCAAUGCCGACACGCAAGCCAAGCUGCAUGCUUGGCAGGACAGCAUCAAGAAAGAGGCACUCGACAUUAUGCAGGUCAAGAUCCCCGAAAAGAUCCUUUCACUCAACGAGAGGAUUAGAAAGAUGAACACAGACUCAAAGGACAUCUUUGUCAAAGAUCUGUACUAUCACCCAGAAGCGCUUGGUACCGACAUCACAGUGACAUACCCGCCCGUCGAAGCAGAGGAGUCCGAGUCUUCCAAGAAGCGCAAGGUGGCACCCUCUGGCAGCGGCAGCAGCAAAAAGGCAACGGCAAUCAACGGUGAUGCCUCCCUCGGUGACAGCGACAUGGACAGCUCUUCUUCGUCGUCGGCUCACGUCUUUCGAGGACAAGUAAGGGCGUGCGAGUACCUGACAAACUCCUUUGAAGAGCUGCGCAAAGAGUGGGAUGACAUGGUCGGCUACAUGGACGCAAUCAAAAUGUUCAUCAACCUACAGUUCCCCAAGAUCGAGGACGGCGACACGUUUGGACAGAGCGUGCAGGAGGAGGUGUUGGGCGAGGUGGUGCGGUCGCAGGAUUCGGCCUACAACCUCCUCCAUACGCCUGCAAAUUACUUUGGCGUCCGCGGCGACCUCGCCGCCAAGGUUGUGCGAUUCCCUGGCGUCGAGGACUAUGCUCAUGCGCUCCGUGAGCACGACCGCAGAGUCUUCUACCGGAUCCGUUUGCAGUACAACGACAUGCGAAACACAUACUCGGUCGUGCUUGACCUCCUGGUCAAGAACAUGGAAAAGAUUGCCAAGCCCAAGAGCGGCAACCAGAUGGGUUCGUACGGCUAGGAAAGGAGGGGAGUAAAGCAGCAUGAAAAAAGCUAGAAGGAUCCGCACGCACAAAGCACAAACUGUAUCACUUUCAGAAAUGUUCAUCAAGUUCAGUCAAUCUAUCUUUUACAGC